GGAAGAAGAGGAGCAAGAGAGGACGACAAAACCGCCACUUCAUGGCAACCAUAACAGAUAAUAAAAAAACCCAUGUCCCGAAAUUUGGGGACUGGGACAGUGAAAAUAUAUCCUACACUGCUUGUUUUGAGAACGCUCGUAAAGAUGGGGUGAAGAGGAACCCAAAUGAUCCUGAAGAGAACCCAGAGGCCUUCAAGGCCAUGCUUGAUUUCCAAGCGGCACAGCCUCCAUACAAUGGCAUGAGUUCCAGCAGCACAUCAAGAACCUUGACAAACCCUAAAGCAGACCAAACUGAGGGAAACCCUAAAGCAGACCAAAUUGAGGGAGACGCAGGCCAUGGGGCGCAUCGACGAAAGACUUCUGUAGGGAGCCGCAAGAGUAACAUGUCAGAGUCUGGCAGUGAAAGGAGCAACUCAGAUUAUUCACUGUUGCAGCAACAACAGUCAAGACACAGACGUGAGAGAUCUGAUAGAAGAAAGAGUAGUUUGGCUUCGUCUGGAACUGGAAGCGAUCAUAGCAACACGUCCCAUUCUCAGAGCAAGCCUAAGAGUACUACUAGUAGCCAUCACUCUCACUCUGAUCUUCUUAGUCACGACACUCAUACUAGAGUAGCGUCAAUACCCAAGUUUGGGGACUGGGAUGAAAAAGACCCCCAAUCGGGAGAAGGUUUUACUUACAUAUUCGAGCAAGUGAAAGAAGAAAAAAAAACUGCAUCGCAAUUUCCCAUUAUGCCCCAACAACAAGCAGCAAAUCAUUUAAAUAGUGCAAAUAAACGUGGAAAAUCUUCUUCUAAUUCCAAAUCAAAGAGUUGGUGCUGUCUAUUUUGAAGUGAAAGGGAGUGACAUGGACACGGCUUUGCUUUGUGUCUAUUUUGAAGUGAAAGGGAGAAGAAAAGUUUAAUUGGUUGUUUUAAAGACCAAAAGUUUAUUUGUGCUUGUCAUUAUUCUUUUUCCUUAAGAAAAUGGUUGCU